CUCGUUGGUCACGUGGCUAUCAUCUUGACUAAGUACGAGUACCGGUAUGAUACUGCAGGUCACUUUGACACUAGGAUAUCCUAGUGACCGAGUGGAGCCUUCACUUAUCCCAAUAGCAAAGCAAACUCCUCAAUUAAGUUUUUGUCUACAACGAGCUCGGGCGUGUUUUUUUUGCAGCUUCCCCUCUACCGGUAUGGCACCAACCCCCCUCCCCUUCAGAUCUACCUUAAUAGUUUUUUUCUACCGCCAACAGUCCCCCCCUCUCAAUAAUGUCUCCCUUUAUUAACUGUCUCUUAGCUAUGGUGCUCAACAAUGACCUAUAUGCCCCAUUUAUAUUGGAGAUAUAUCGGGAAUUCGAUAUAUGCCGCCCAUCUCAAGAUAAAAACCACACAUCCGACUCCAUUGCAUACCCCUUUCGAGCUGAUGGUGGGGGAGCUGUGGGAAAUUUUCGGGGAGAGUGUAGUCCGAAUGAGUCCUCAGGAUGAUCCCGACAAUAAAAGCGACCCACAACCUCCACAAGCCAGUCAAUUAUCAUGAACCACGGGCGCUCACAAAAUUUCUACCCUCCCCAUAUGAGUAGGUAGUGCACUUGGACCGGGACAAUCCAGGCCAGACCGCACACCGGCAGAGAUGCAGGAUUGAGGAAGGCGGCGGGGGCGGAAAAAUGGGAUACGGAGAUGUUCGGAUGAGCAUCCGGUGAAGGGAAAU